UUUUUGGGCAUCAGUCGUCAUCAAGACGUUGAUGGGAGUAGUCGAAAUAUAUUUAUUAAAUAAAAAAACCUGCUGGAUUUCCUUAGUAAAAUUAACGAACAACCAUGCAAACAACCGCCGGUUCAAAGAGACCACCCCCCAUGACAAUGGGAAACUUUCAACCUGGAUAUAUGGCAACCCUGGGUGCCGGUGUUUGCCUCUUCAUUUCGGGUGGCAUGAGCUUCGCCCAAAGCUUGGGUUUUUUUCAUGUGCCCUUAAGCCCUGCAAUAAGUGUUCAUACGUUUUACUGCUGGUUUCUGGCCGUUGCUAUUGGAGCCCUGCUUUCGAUGUUAUUGGGCUAUGUACUACCCAAGAAGUUUAUUAUGGCAGCCUCAGCGAUAAUGACACUUAUUACGGGAAUUGUACGUGUCAGUGCCCCAAUGGGAUAUGACGCUCUAAUUGCAGCACGUUACCUCAGUGGCAUAGCCGUGGGCCUGGCCACAGUUCAAUACCUAAUGUAUGCCAGUGAAUUGUCUCGCAAUACCAGACGUGGCUUCUCCUUGGGCCUGGAACAGUUUGGCAUUAGCGUGGGCCUGGCUCUUCAAAUCAUAAUGAUUUCGCAAUGGAGUUUAUCAUCGAGCUUUUCCCAGAAUAGCCUCCAGGGGAUAUUUGAUAUUAUUUUGGCCGUAAUCUCCAUGGGCUGUCUGUGGUAUUUCAUUGAAUCCCCAGUGGACUAUUUGCGUUUGGGUGAUGAGUCUACAGCCCUGCUUUGUUUGAGUAAAUUACAAGACACCCCCUCCAUCACCAUGCAGACAAAUCAACGUUUGGAGGAACUCAAGGAUUAUGUGAGGGAGGAAAAUAAUCUAUCAACCGUUGAGAUUGUAAAGCGCAGCAUGGUACCUCUACUCAAAAUGAUAAUAUUUCGCAGUAUAAUGCUAUCGCUCAGCUAUUCGGCGAUAACUUCAAAUGCCCUGACUUACACCAUGCUUGUCGUCAAUGUCAGCUGGUCACCAAUAUUGGCCGGUUGUUUGCGUAUUUUCGGCAGCGGUGUAUCACUGGGCAUUGUGGAUAUACUAGGGCGUAAAUUACCCGCCACCGCGUGGGCCCUUGCCAUCGGAGGUCUCAUCACACCUAUUGCUGUUAUUUUGAAUACAUCUUAUAACAUCUUUAUAUAUCAUGAAAUGUCGAAAAUCGUUGCUCUCUGGGUUACGCUACACGUUGCCGAUGGUCUCUUUUCGCCUGUGACAUCUGUUUACCUGGGUGAAGCAUUCCCCCUACACUCGAAAGGCCUCGGCAUAGGGUUUUGUGUAAUUGUCGAACAAAUUAUUCACAUCAUUUUUAUGGCCACCCAUCCUGAUGAUAGUGCUGCGCUCAUGGCAUCGGGUAUUAUUAUCUUAGUUGCUGCUGUGGUAUUUCUUAUAAUAAUGCCCGAAACGAAGAAGACAUCACUGCGUGAGGCUCAAGAUGGCUUUAGGAAAUUUUUUAAUUUUAAGAUGUUUUGAAAAAAUGGCGUGAACCAAAUUGUCAUGUUAAAAGUUAUUUAUUGAAGAAAGGUAGUAAGAAAACAAAAUACAGGGUGAGAAAUAAAAUACAAAAAAUGUC